UUGAUGGUGUAACAUUCUCUCUUGCUAGUAAAAGGUGGUAUUGAUGCGUUGCCAAACAACAAGUCUGAGCCUCUGUUUGAAACUGUGAAGACAAUUUGGUAUAGCAGUCAUGCUAUUUUUAAUGAAUUUUAUAAUUGAACUUAUCGGUUGGCUGCAUCAUAUUAUUAUAUAGCCAGAAAAUGAAGCCUUAAUAAAAUAUCGAAGUCGUGAUCAGAGACAACUGCAGAUAAUCGCCAUACGUGUUAAGAGUGAUAAAUCUUCUGCAGUCUGCACGUGAAAGGAACGUGAUUUUUCCUCUAAAACCACUCUCAAUGGCGUGAAUACCCAGCCCGAAGAUAAAACACAGCGCCGACUGCACUUCUGGAUUAGUUUCUUGUUUCUGUAAUGUGUUACAUGUUGGAUGAAAUAUCUACUAGUAGAUGUACCUCUGGAUAAGUAUAUGUCAAUUGCCUGGACAUUUUUUCCACUAAUUUGGGUGACCAAAUUUCUCAAGGACAAUGACGGCGCUUAGGGUUGCUCUUUCAGUUCUCGGUAGAACUCAGAUUCACCUUCAGGCUAGAGGUGGAUUACUGCAGAAAAAACAUGAUUUGUUAGCCCGCGUCGUUACCUGCAAUUUCAUAUCCACACAUCAUGUAACAAAAGGAAUUGAGCUAACGUCACAGGAUGACGACCUUGUGACUCAUGGUAACAAGUUCCAAUUGAAUGUGCCAAAAGAUCGUCCUUUACUUGUCAUCUUAUCAUGGCUUUUGUCCAAAAAGAGGCACAUAAAAAAAUUCAUAGACUUCUACAUGGAACAGGGAUUUGACGUAAUAACAGUGUCGAUCAGUCCAUGGCAACUUAUUUGGCCUGCAAAGGGCUCUCGUUUGGUUGCAGCGGAUCUACUCGCAUUUUUAGAACAGAAUAAAAACUACCAGCAAAUUCUUCUGCACGGAUUUUCCGUUGGCGGGUAUAUGUGGGGUGAGGUCUUGGACAUGAUACAUACCGACAGAAAGAGAUAUGAUCCUAUUAUCGAUCGUAUUACCGGACAAAUUUGGGACAGUGCGGCUGAUGUUAGUGAAAUAUCAAUUGGAACACCACUUGCUGUCUUCCCCAACAAUGCCAUGCUCCAAGCAGCUCUGAAAAAAUAUUUAGAGUACCACAUGGCAACUUUUCACAAACAGGCGACUCAGUACUACAUUAGGUCGAGCCAGUUAUUCCAUACAAACUUGGUGCGUUCUCCAGCCUUGUUUAUAAUCAGUAAGACCGAUCCUGUAGGUGCUCUCAAGUGUAACCAAAGGGUAAGGGACUCUUGGGAUUCUCUGGGAGUGGAGACAUACAUGAAAAUUUUUGAAAAAUCUCCGCACGUUGGACACUUUUACAAACACCCUAAGGAAUAUGUUACUGAAUUGUAUACAUUCUUGGACAAGAUUGGACUAAUACGAAAUGAAGAAAAAAUUAGGGCGCGAAUGUAAUGUCUGAUCACUUGUCAAUUACCAAGUCAUGAAAAAUGUCACUUCAUUGUGGUUCAUUUGCUCAUGUAGAUGAUUAGUUUAGGACAAUCAAAUGCUAUUUCGACUUCGAUUUAUGCAUAAGUGGAUAGUGCGAUUACAAACUAAGUAAUAAGUGGAUUUUCUAUGGCGUAAUUCUUGUACAAAAUGGUAUCAGCUUGAUUCAAAAAGUGGAUCGACAGUUGCCAGUAAAUUAAAACAUGUAUGUCUCGAUAUAGUUGAGAUGUGAGUCGUUUUUACAGUGUUGGUCAGAGUGAACUUACUUUUUUCCAUCAAUUAUUCAUAUUUACACAUAAUAUUGUAUCAGCUCUCGACUUAUAGUCUUUUAAUAUGGAGAUAAUAGUAUGGCUUCCAAUGAAUGAUAGAUAAAAAAUAAUAAAAACUACCGUAUGCAGACCAUAUACAUAAGACAGACUUUCAAAAUGAUGUAUUUUAUUUCAAAAGUGUGUUUGAUACAGCUUUUUCCAAUCACAAAACUUUGUCUCUAUUACUUUUGUAGCGAUAUUACAUGUUUUGAAAGCUAA